ACAACUCAACAAACAGUCUUGUACCAUGAUGAAGUAAAUGGUGUUCAUCAUCUAAUGUUAGGUAAAGAAUAUCCUCUUGGCUGUAUGGUAAAAAGCAAAUCUGGAAAUAAAAAGGUUAUGCUUGGUAAACCUGUAGAAGGUGUGCAUCAGGAGUCUACAAAGGGAUGUAUAUAUCCAGUUACUUCAUACCACAACCAUAAAGAUGAUAAGGAAGCACAAGAAAAUAAGAGAACAUCAAAAGAUUUACCUAAAGAUUUUUUCAAAGGAGAAGCAAGUAAAAGUGAAACUACAGUAUAUGCACUUAAUCUUACAAGAUUAAAUGAAAAAUUAGCUGACGUAUAUACUGGACAACAAAAUAAAACACAAGACCCUACACCAAGCUUAUAA